AUCCGCCUCUAGGUAACUGCGCAUGAUCCGUUGGAGAUCGAUCUGUAGUCGGCCAUAUUUUCAUUUUUCUUUGUCGUAGUACUUGUUUUGCUGCUGUUUUACUUUGGAUUUGGUGCCAACAUACCGUCCAUGUCAGAACAACAAGCAGCCCUUCUUCUCAGGAAGCAACUCAACGAUCUAAAUAAGAACCCAGUGCAAGGCUUUUCAGCUGGGCUCAUAGAUGAUGACGAUAUUUUUAAAUGGGAAGUCCUAAUAAUUGGAACACAAGACACCCUCUAUGAGGGUGGAUUUUUCAAAGCACAUUUAAUAUUCCCAAAGGAAUAUCCACAUAGGCCACCAAAAAUGAAGUUUAUCACAGAUAUCUGGCACCCAAAUGUUGACAAAAAUGGUGAUGUGUGUAUUUCCAUCCUGCAUGAACCAGGAGAAGAUAAAUAUGGCUAUGAGAGAGCUUCAGAACGAUGGGUACCAGUACACACAGUAGAAACAAUUUUACUUAGUGUUAUAUCAAUGUUAGCUGAUCCUAAUGAUGAAUCACCUGCCAAUGUUGAUGCUGCUAAAGAUUGGAGGGAAGACUACCACGGGGAAUUUAAAAGGAAAGUACAGAGAUGUGUGCGAAAAAGCCAAGAAACGGCAUUUGAUUAGUGCUGGGGCAACUGUGUCAUGUUGAUUUGUAACCUGAUGUGGUGAUCUGAUUUUAAGAUGCAUGCCCUCUCCAUACCUGCAGUGCUAUGUUAAGUUGCUGCUCACAAAAUCAUACAUAAAUCUUUUCACUUUACACUGCAGGUCUGGGUAGUGGUUUAAUAUAUCUAUUUUUAUUAGACUUUCCUAUCCUCUGUUUUUUUUUGUUUUUUUUUGUUUUAUUUGAUUCAUUGUAAUUAGCAUAGCAUGAAAUCUUUGUAAGUUCGAAAUAAAAGAUUCAGAAAAUUUCAACAAAAAAAACAUAUAAAACAUAUUUAUGAAGAAAAAAAAAACCUUCCUUUGUACUCCCAGGGUGCAUUGCAAUGCAGUCCAGUCACUUCCUCUAUGCAAAGUAGCAAUACUUAUUACCUGAUUAAUAACAGCAGGAAUGAUUCCAUAAUAUCCUUAUUUGAGACAACAGCUCAUCAACCCCAGUGUUCAUUCAUUGUAAAUACCAUUUUGUUUUUAUCUGUUGACGACUUUGAAUUAAUAAUUUUGUUUUGAGUAUCUCUAAUAUCUUCGUUUUACAUUUCUGAAAGUUUAAUAAAUUUGCAAUUGAAUAACUCGAAAUAGAUUGGAAGUUAGAAUAAUUUCUCCCAUAUAGUUUACUCUGCCUGAGUAUAGAAUCCAAUGUUUCAUUAUAUUUUAAGGGGAAUUUUUAUGUAAUGAUAGAAUCAACAAAUCAUGUGGUUGCUUUCUCAUCCUGAAGACUGGGGCUAUAACUAAAGAAACCAAUGCCAGUUUAUUUUGUGUGUGUUUAUUUUGUUUUCAAGUUUUAUGUAGCUACGAUAUAGGUUGUGUACAUUGCUAAGUCUAUUAUUAUUCUAGUGUAAUAUUCUAUGAAGAAAAUAAAGAUACAAUAAUAAUAUAACUUAAA